UAAUUAUAAAAUGUAGAAAUUUCUCUUUAUUUGAAUUAUUUCUACUCGUUUAGAGAGAGAGAGAGAGAUAUGGCAGCGGCGUCGUUUAGGUGGAUACUGCAGCUGCACAAGGACGUGCCCAGAGCUGCUCGGUUCUACUCGGAAGGCUUGGACUUCACCGUGCACGUCUGUACUCUUCGCUGGGCUGAGCUUCAGUCCGGUCCACUCAAACUCGGCCUCAUGCAAUCCCCCAAUGACCAUGUAAUGCAGAAGGGACACUCUUCGCUUCUGUCGUUCACAGUGACAGACAUUAAUCAAACAAUGACGAAACUAAUGGCAUUAGGAGGUGAACUAGAUGGUCCUAUCAAAUAUGAAAUCCAUGGCAAGGUUGCAGCAAUGCGCUGUCUUGAUGGGCACAUUUUAGGCCUCUAUGAACCUGCAUAGGAGCUCCAGAUGCUACACCCUUAAGAAUGCAGCUAGACUUUGAGCUUUUGUUAUGGCAUCUUGAAAUCUUCUGAACACGUAGAGAAGAUGUGAGAGAUUUCUCCUUUUUUCGGGUUUCCUUCAACAAUUGAUAGGGUUUGUUCAUCGAGGUCUAUCACUGCUGUGCAUAGAGUGUAAAGCGUUGGACCUGGAAACACGGCAAGCAGUUUAAUCAGGAAUAGGAAUAUCUUGGAGGAAAAACUUUCAAAUUGUGUUGUGUUCUAAUAAACACCUGUCAUGUAGAUGGGGUAUGUUGGCUCGUCUGUAUCUCCUAGAAGUGACAGGACAUCUUCUUUGGAGCCUUUAGGUAGCAUAGUUGCUUUCCUUUGCCUUGUUAAUGAAUUUUCAUCAUGUACCUUCACAGAGAUCCUUGAUUUUAACUAGGUGAAUAUGAAGAAACCUAGAUUCUUAUUACCAUUAUUAUUGAUCCAUCGAUUUGAUACUA